AUGGAGGAGGAGGAAGGCCGCCAUGGCGGAGGCGUACCUGUGGUUCCAAGCGUCUCAGGCAAGCCAGAGAUAAGGAGCUGGAAGUGUGAAACACAACUAAAGGUUGGUUGGUGUGGUGGAGUGCAUGGAGGCCAAAGGAUGACCACACUUGCCAGUGCACCUCCUACCAAAUUUACUGGAACGCCUUCCAUGAGUAGUGGAAUCAAAUGUAAAAAGUCAUUGAAUAUUGCUUACAAGGGUCUGACACAGAGGAUGGACAGCUUGGACAGUUCAGCAAGCCACCGGCAGUUUACUGAAACUGAAUUUGUUGCUAUAGCAAGGGGAGAAGGAGAAGAGAAGAGGAGGAGGAGAAAGCUAGAGAAAGAGAGCAAGCACUUGCCUUAUGGGACAUGCAGAUCCAGUCCACAGUGUAGGAACUUAAAUUGUCAGGCAAGGAUACGCAAUGGAGGGGAUAUAUUGGACAUAGCUGAAUUGGGUACUGAGGUUAUUUUCAACCCCACUUACAUAUAUGGUGGCAACAUACGAAACCAAGAUGAAUGUAAAAUGGAAACGAUGACAGUCAUAAGAAGACUGGUCAGGAACCUUGAUGAGCAGAGCAUAUGUAUCAAUGAAGUGAGAAAAUUAAAUGUAAUUUAGGUUGUACUUUUAUACUUCUUACAAUUUUCUUAUCACUGCUCUUUUUUAUUUAUACUUCUAUAUACAAAUUUAUGAGAGAAAGGUAGGUGAAUUUGGUUCUUUGCUAGCUCAA